GACUCGGCGGGGCGUGGCCAGGCGAUGGCGACCGCGGAGCCCAGCGAGCCUGCGGCGAGGGCGUCUGUCCCGGCACCCCGGCCCAGCGGGACCGGCGCUGCAGGGCCGCCCACCGAGCGAAGCGGCAUUGGAGUCCCCUGGCUGGGGAAGCGGACCCCGGCGGCUGUGGAGAAGCGGGGGCCUUACAUGGUGGCGCGCGCGCCUUCCAGUCAGGCCAAGCUGCAGAAGCACCGGGACCUGGCUAAGGCAGUUCUGCGGAGAAAAGGCAUGCUGGGGGCCGCGCCGAACCGCCCCGACUCUUCAGGGAAAAGGUCAGUGAAGUUUAACAAGGGCUAUACUGCUCUUAGUCAGAGUCCAGAUGAAAACCUGGUGUCCCUCGACUCUGACAGCGAUGGGGAGCUGGAAUCCAGAUACUCCUCCGGGUAUUCCUCUGCAGAGCAGGUGAACCAGGAUGUGAGCCGGCAGCUGCUCCAGGAUGGGUACCACCUGGAUGAGAUUCCAGAUGAUGAGGACUUGGACCUCAUUCCCCCCAAGCCUAUGACUUCCUCCACAUGCUCCUGCUGCUGGUGCUGUCUUAGGGAUGCUUCCUCCUGUACCCUCCAGUAGACAUAACCCCCUAAGAUGGGCCCUGCUCACCAUGACUGCAGAGUCCUGUUGGCCCUUCAUUGGUCACAGAGUGCAGUGGGAACUGCUGUCAAGCCCCGAAUCACUGGAGACACUGACCCUCUGGGAAAGUCAGUGACCGCAGUUACCCCAUACCUGGUGCUUCUCAGGCCAGAGGCCCCCAUCUGGGCCACAGGGGAUAGGUGGGAUUCUGCAGUUUUCCUCUGCUGUUGGAAUGGUUGGAGAAACCACUUUAAUAAGGGAAGGAACAGAGGAAUUCUGGUUCUUAUGGUGAGUGACAAAGUUGGCUAAGAGAAAAACUUGCAGACAUCUUUGUCACCAUGCCGUAUGGAGGGGAAAGGAGAGCUCCUGCGCCCAGGUUGUGCUGGAUAUGUUGUGUGGAGGCAGAGAACAGCACUUUAUGGCUUGCAGCUGGGAGUCUCUGAAAAAGAAUUUAACUAUUUGGGACCAAUCCAGUUCAAGAAAUUCCAUAUGCUCUCCUCCUCUUCCUAGCUCCAAGAUGGGUUACCUAUUUGACCUUCAAGAGAACAUAAAGCAGGGCCCUUUGAAGGCCCUCUUCCAGUUGUUCCUGUUUGACUGUUCAGCAGGUUGCUUAAUGGCACAACCUGAUCAAGGCUUCCAGAAUCCCUGGAAGCACAGCAUUCCCAUCUGGUCCAACUGUCUGGGUGAGCUUAGUAACUUGGUCCGUCCAUCCUUAGAGAAAAACUGCUCUACUGUGUAGACAAAAUUUGUCUUUCCUUGGUUGCCAUUCUUCACCUUGGUCUUAGCUAGUAUCUUCACCCAGUCCUUGAGCUAAGGUUGGGUGAAGGUUCUGGAGCUCGCCCCGGAAGCCUGCACUUUUUGCUUACCAGCAGAGGGAGCUGCAGGAGUAGUUAGGUGCCUUCCCAUUUGUUUAACUUUAUAUUUUCCCCCACCCCCGCCGCACUGCGGCUUGUGGCAGUGUUGGUUCCCCGUCCAGGGAGGGAUGAAACCCAGGCCCCUGCAGUGGAAGCGCGGAGUCCUAACCACUGGACCGCCAGGGAAUUCCCCUAUUUAACUUUUUACACUUGAGUAGCAGCAAUGGGUGAAAAGUAUACUGGUGCAGAUAUGUGGGCUUUGACAGAGACAGAGACUCACAGACAGGAUGAGGAGGAGGGACCUGGGAAAGCUCCCACGCCCCCCCCCCCCCGAGGAAAUAAUCUUGCCAUUGCAGAGGGCCUCCCUUCACCCUAGGGAAAGCCAUUCUGUUGCAUCCAGAUUCCUCUGACCACAGCAUGGGCCCCACAGUGGAUACUCAGGAUUGGGCUUUACAGUAAACCUCUGGGUUCAAUACAGCCUUUCAGUCCCCAGUAUGAAAACACCAAAAGGCCGGCAUCAUCUCCUGUGACCCCCAGUAGAUAGCAUCUCUUGCUAUACCAGACCUCUCUCUGGAAUUUUUUAGUGGUUCUCUUUUUUUUUUUGGCCUUACCUACAACCAAAUGGGACUGAAUGGAAGUGGACAGGGUUCCCAGCCUAAGGGGUAGGGUAGUCAGGAUUGAGGUGUGACCCCAACUUGGGAACUUGCCCAGUCUGUUGCUUCAUUUGGUUAGGACAGAGUAGCCUGAGUGUUUGACAGCUGCUGGGGGUGAGGAUGGCAGCAGGACCCCAAGAACCAGGCCCUCCGGUGGUUGCUGUCGUAAAGCCACACUGGUGUAUUUGGCCACACCUCUCCCCCGGAAUGUUUCAGAGCUGGUUGACCCUGUGUGGAAGGCAUUACCUUCGUAGAAAAAGUUGCAGGAACAUUGUACAGCAAGGAAGGGUAGAAAUGGUCGAUUGCUUGGGGCUAGAAGCCACGAAUGUCACGAAUAAAGGCACCAAGGUGUCUAGAACCAGACUGCCUUAAUUAAAAGUGCUGGGUGUGUUGCAGGUGACAGCGCUCUGAGGAGACAGGGAGGUAUUCAGGCUUACCUCACAGAUGGGAGUGGUACUGUAUGGUGUUUACUCUACAGAACUCUUGGCUUAGGCUUCUAUAGCUCUGUAAGUUUGUAAGAAUAAAUACAAUCAUGCUAGUUGAGCCUGAGUCUCUGUGUUGCAAUAGGAUUUUUAACAAAGGCCUAGACCACGGUCAUUGCCCCUUCUGAAUUCUGAAAUGAAGAAAUAGCCUAAUAGCCCCAACCGUUCUUCUGAGGACUGCCUCUCCUUUCUCCUGUUCCCAAUAGGCGUAGUUUUCAGGCCUGCUCAUUGGAGACCACAGAUGGAAUAGGCCUUUGCAUAUCACUUCUCAUUAGAAUGAAUUCCCUUUGGCAGACCCUUUCUUCCCAGGUUUUGUUUUGUUUUUCAGGGUUUUUUUUUUCAGCUGAAGAAAAUUUACUGGAAGCCAAAAAAAGCCGAACAGAUUGGCUAGAACUUUUUUGAAGGUAGUUUCCUGGAAUUCCAUUGUACAGGUCUAGUGUGGGCAGCAGCCCAGAAAGAUUCUUUUGUGUGAGAUUAAUCCCUUACCUACAGGAAGGAGCUACUAGCCUGUGUCUCUGCUUAGUCUGGGGUGAUAGCAUCUAAGACUGCUAGUCAGAAACUUCAGUGGCAAAACACACAGCUGUGCAACCUCCUGGGUGUGUCCCACCUCUAGAGGGUAGGCACAGGGAGAGUAGAUGCCCUCAUAGGUACUUCCUGCCAUUGUAGGAAAAAAGUAGCUUGAUUUCUCUUCACAACACUAAUUAGAUUGUCCUGUCCUUUAGUCCCUGUAUCUACAGUGACUUAAUGUGCUCUAGAGAAGUGAUUGACAACCUUUGUGAAGGGCCAGUCAGUACAUUUGGCUUUGCAGGCCAUACAGUUCGGUGCACCUACUCAACUUUGCCAUUGUAGCCUGAAUGGAGCUGGACAGUAUGUAAAUGAAAGGGCGUGGCCAGAUCCAGCCUGCUGGCCUUAGCCUGAUGAUCCCUGCCCUAAAGCCAACUAAAGCACUGGAGAGAAGAACCUCUGCACUGACAAUGCCUUUCUUUAGACCCAUAUUCCACUGUGUGCAGGGCUGGAGGGCCCAAGGUUUGCCUGCAAGCUCUGCAUCUGAAGCUACAGCAGACUAUCUCUCCCACACCUUCCUUUAAAAGGCCACUGGAGUCUAGCCUGCCUACCUCAGGAAGCUGUCUGAAACAGGAAUAAAGCAAAAACUGGAUAACAUCCAGGGAGGGCUUUCAGCCCGCUUCAGGGACUGGAAUGGCAAAGGCUGAGUACUCUUUAGCCCACAGGCCUCAACACAGGUGAUCUUUAAUUGCUUUGACACAGCAACAUUAGUCCACAGGACUACCCUUUUCCCUCCUUCUCUGCACUGAGGAAAUGGGCAGUCCCGGGGCCAGAACCCUGUUCUUCCAAAUUAAUUACCUAUCUUGCCGUGACUGAUAUUGAGCUAAUCAUAGAUUUCACCACCCUGCCUAAUGCUAUAGGCUGGAACAGCUGCAGCUUCGUGCAUCGAGGAGAGCCUGGCUCAAGGGUGGCAAGAAUACAAGGGGAGUAUCAGCCCUCAGUUCUCACGUGGGCCCCUCCUACCAGGAAGAAGACGGUUCAGCCUAGGCCUGCUCAGGAGUCACUGACUUCAAGCUCUUCUACCCCAGCUCUUUCAGGGUAUACCCAAAGAGCCCGGAACAGGGAAGGGAUUUGGGCUGGGCCUGAGGAGGUGAGGCUGGCCAGGAUGUAGGGUGACUGGCAGAGAAGAGCCAGGAAGGCUGUGGCCUCUACAGCAGGCAGCAGGCACGGAACAUCAGCAGGUCCGUAGGCAGCGUGAGCUUCAGUGAGACACUCUCAUUGGCCCCAAUGAAGAGCACCCCGCCACGCUUCAGGGAGAUUGUGGCCUGGGCUGUGCGGGUGCUGGCUGUCACUGUCCCCUGCACCAUCAGGAGGAUACUUGCAGAGUCCAGCGCCAAGACCCUAUAUUCAGUGACGGAGCCAGGCACCUGGGCAGAAAGAAACAGCAAGAUGGAGCAGGGUUUGAGCUGCUGUUAGCUCACAGGGGUCCCAGGACAACCCCAAGGACAGUUAGAGGGAGAGCUCUGCCACCUUCUCCCCCAUGGCUCGGGCUUUUGUCAGCACGGAGGUGCAGAGAGCCACAGACAGGCCCUGUGGCCAUUCUCCUAUCACGCGAGCUUGGUAGAAAGGAAACCCAGCCCCAGGUAUACUCCACAUUGUGGCCCUUGCCAGUGUUCUUCAUGCCACACAAAAAACACCCACCACACACACACACAAAAAAAAACACCCACCACAGCCCUCACUCACCUCCAUCUUCAUAACGGUGAAGUCUGGCACAGGGGGAUCAUAGAUAGAGAGGUAGGGGUCUUCCUGACUCCAUGCUGGAGGAAAAAGCCUGUCCUGGCUGGGGCUGGGGAUAUAGCUGAGCAUUUCACACAAAGUUGGCACAUCGAUGAACUUGGGUGUCAGGCCAGCACGCACCGUGUUGUCCGAACAUGCCAUGCACUCCACGCAGUCUGGGGACAGACAGUUGUCAUGUGGUAAGCUAAUGAAGGAUGCCUUGGAAUUUGGCUCUCCAGGGCAGGGCCUUCUAACUUGAGUGCCAUGAGCUCUCUGUAGAAUUGGAUAAAAAUAUGUGAAUUGCGUCUUCUGUGAGAAUGGGCUGAGAUAACAGAUACCAAAACAGGUGACACGUCACCCACCAUUGUCAAGGGGAGUCACGUUUAUCCCCUGGAGGAGCCCCAACCCUCUAGAGAUUUUAUAAUUUCCCCUUCUACCACAGAAUCCUGUCCACGAGUAGAUAAAUGGCCAAUAGUCAAAAUGUGACACCGUUCUGUGGCAAUGUGUUUUUUUGGGUUUUUUGUUUUUUUGGUUUUUUUGCGGUAUGCGGGCCUCUCCCUGUU